AUGAAAUUAAGUCUUAUUCGUUUUGGUGGUGAUGCUGAUGUUCCAGCACAUAUUCGAGAAAAGAUGACUACGAAUAGGUAUAUUCGUUAUUUUAAUUCCUAUACAACGCGUGAUCGAGCUAAUUCAGUAAUGGGUGUUAUUGGUGGUUGGAUAAUUUUUGGUUAUACUAUGACAAAAUGGUCUCAGUCACGUAAAGCUAAAAACUUCGCUUCUCAAUCUCAUCCAGCUUCGAUUCCAACAGUGCAUCCAUCAUCAUCGUCAGCUAAAAAGAAUGCUCAUCACUAA